AACCGACUGCUGUUCGUUUUUGUUUGUCAUUCCCGCCGGUCGUUCGUUGUGCAAAAAUCGCAAUAAUUCGCUUCCAACGAUGAGCUUAAAUUUUGGUGAAAUUGUUGAACCAUCCACCCGGGCUUUUUGGGACGAUUACGAUGAGGAGGCAGCGGAGGAAGAAUCGUCCUUCGGCGCUUUGGAAUGGAUUUGGUACCACAAUCAGGAAGAGUCGACCGACGAGCAGGAGAUGCAGAAAACACUCCAAAACCCGUUCCAUUUCGUUCUGAUCGAGGGCCAAAAGGUGGGCGGAUUCGUCGGCAAGGUGCUCCAGAACGGCCAGUGCAAACCGGUCUGCCAGCUGUCCUGCGGCACGGUGAGCGUGUUCCAUCUGCCCGCCGAAAAGCUGCUGCUCUGCGUGUCGGAAGAGCUGGAGCCGAAUCUGUUUGGGCCGAUUGCGCAAAAGCUGUCCCGCUGGCUGGAGGCGGCGGAAACCGUUUCCACUGUAUCGCUGCAACCGGCCGUCCUGUACAAGGGACUGGCCGAACACGAGCAGGAAAAGGUUUGCUUCAUCAAGGUGCUAGGCGGAGCGGGGGCGGAAAGCUCGCUCGCAGACGUUGGACCGCUGGAAGCGCCGAAUGUAAUCACGGGUGUGGCAGCCGGUGCCGCAAGCUAUAGGAAAUUUAGCGGAAAGCCGGCCGUCAUUUAUGGCUGCUACCUGGACUCGGUCAUACUGGAUUCGGUAUCAUCUGCACCGAUACUGCGACUGCUGAAGGCACUCCGUGUGCCAUGUGCCGAUCGGUACGAGCUCAAGUUCAAAGCGAGUUCGAACCUUUACAUGUAACGCGUGGCGUGCCGGUGGUGGAUAACGGUUUUGGGGGAAGGUUUUCCAAUAAAUAAAUGUAAUUAAAAUGUA